AGGGAACCCCACCUAGUCAAUUUUCGCACAAAAGAGUGGUGCUGGUUGUCUCCCUUCAUGAGUGAUGUUAUACUCGGCCGAAUAAGGUGAAUGAGGUGUCCUUGGAUAGCUUUUGAAGUCUAUUUUUAUAAUUGAGUGUUCUCUGUUCGAUAGGAGAGAGUAAUCAUCCAAAAAUCGAUCUGGAACGAGCAGUGGUCUGUGAACCCGAGCUGUGAGAGUGCUGAGACUGUUUGGUUGAUAUCUCGAGUUCUACCAAUCCAAUUAAGGCGUGUGAGAUACCAAAAGAAAGCUCUCAAGACGAGGAAUCCGUGAAGGUCUGGUUUGCAUCAAUCGGAGUAGAGGAAGGCGUCCAAAUCGCCCAAGCAGAACGCGACCUCGCAGGAACGGAUUUACUCUUCUAAGAAUCGAGUUAGCCGGAAAACACCCGUUCUAGGGGCUGUUUUCGUAUCAACGGUUAGGGGUUGAAUUAGCAACUUGAGGAAGCUGUUUAACACCCAUUUUCAAGCAAGGAACCAGUUCUCAAUCUUCCUUGGCCGAGGCUUUGGUCAUUGGAUCGAGGAGGAAAGUUUUAAAGCUCAUUUGAGGUUGAGGCUAGAGCUUGCUUCCUGUGCUCGUUGCUCGAGAGAUUCAUCUAGGAGGGAAGACUUGAAAUGGACCGUGGUGGCAGGAUUACUAGGAGAAACCCGACCGGCCGUGUACCAGAGGAGACUGGACAGGGCAGUCGAAGGACCUCUAGGGCAUCUAGAGGAGCUGGCCGUGGAGGCCGAUCACAGACCGUGAGUGACGGUCAUGUCGACACAGAAAGUGAAACCUACUGGUCCUAUGAGGACUCGACUUACCAACCGGGGACCGAGCCGGUUGAGACCCCUUACGAAGGGGAUGACGAUGAUGUGAGCAAUGAAGAGGGGGAGAAUGACUCCCUAGCAAGAAUAGAGGCGCUGCUCCAACAAUAUCAACGGGAGCGCGAGGAAAGGAGGGAACGCCGAAGGCGCCGGGGAGGGCGAAUUUCGGGUGAGGCUUCAAGAGGAAGAAGCCAUGGCGACUCUCGGGCCCACAUUGAACCACAUGGGGUCCGGGUGAUGGAGGUCCAAUCAUAAGGAUCUCAAAAUUUCUUAAAGAGGCUAGGGACUUGGGGUGCAAACCCUUCAACGGAGCAGGCGACAUCUCGGUCGCCGCGGAAUGGAUCAAGAGGUUGAACGAGGCAGCCCUUGAUAUGCAACUCACCCCCGAAUUUAAACUAAGGGUGGCGGUGAGAUUGCUUGAAGGGAUGGCAUCCACAUGGUGGGAUGGAGCCAAGGGAAAGUAUGGCAAUACCGUGACUUGGGAGAAUUUCCGACAGGAGUUCUUUGCCCAAUAUUAUUCUGAUUUUGAGGUGAACGCUAAAAGGAGAGAGUAUACCCUCCUGACCCAAGGUGGCAAGAUGACGGUGAGGCAACUUGAACAUAAAUUCAGGGAGCUCGCGGAGUUCAUACCGGAGUAUGUCUGUGACGAGAACCGGAUGGUAAAUCACUUCUGGGAUGCCUUAGACCUGGAGGUGCGUGAGAGGGCAACACAGUUGCCUAACAUGACCUUUAGCCAAGUGGUCGAGCAAGGGUUGAAAGGAGAGAAAGAAUGGGAAGAGAGAAAGUUGAAAAACGCCGAAGAGGCGAAGAAGAGAAAGUGGGAGAACCAUGGACCUCAAGGUCCUAGCAAAAAGGGGAACCAUGGGGGAGGAGGAUCCUUUCGGACACCCCCACUGCCAUCUAGGGGAAGUCAAGGCCCGGGCGGGCAAUCACAAGCCUCGGGGGGGACUCGUUGCAAGAAUUGCAAGAGGAACCACCUGGGGAAAUGUCGUGACCCUCCUAGAUGCUACCAAUGCGGAAACACCGGGCACUUGAAGAUGAAUUGCCCACAAUUGGGUGGGGCAAGGUCAUCGGGACCAAGUAGUGGUAAUACCGGGACACGGAAUCAAGCCGGGACUUCACAAGCGUCCAGGGGGCAAGGGGGAGCAAGCGCAAGCAAUGCGCCGUCCGUGAAUCAAGGAAGGACUCAAGCUAGGGUCUACGCGAUGACGGAGGCGGAUGCUCAAGCUAACCCGGAUUCCGUUGCAGGUAUUGCCUCUCGUAUGCUAGUGUUUUAUCCUUAAUUAGUCCAUAAAUUGAGGUUACUAAUCGCUAGGAUCAUUGCACAAGGUUUUGGGGUCAAACCGGGGGAUUUCGGGCAACUUCAGGCGGCUGGAACCCAGGCACGAUCGUGCCUAAGGCAGACACGAUCGUGCCUUCAAGUCAGUAGCUGCCCAGGAAUUUCCCGGCCCAGGCACGAUCGUGCCUAAGGCAGACACGAUCGUGCCUACAAGGCAGUAGCUCCCCAGGUGUUUCCCCCAAACCAGGCACGAUCGUGCCUAAGGCAGACACGAUCGUGCCUCCAAGGAGUAGCUUCCCAGAGUUUUCCCCGACCCAGGCACGAUCGUGCCUAAGGCAGGCACGAUCGUGCCUCCAAGGCAGUAGCUUCCCAGAGUUUUCCCCGACCCAGGCACGAUCGUGCCUAAGGCAGGCACGAUCGUGUCUCCAAGGCAGUAGCGUCCUGGACUUUUUCCCAAGCCAGGCACGAUCGUGCCUACCCCAGGCACGCCGUGCCUGGCACCCAGAUUACCGAAGUGCGAUUUUUCGCACCGUUUUGCGACGUUGAGACCUUUUCUUGAUCCCUAACGUGCGUGUGAACAUUGUAACCUUCUAUAAAUGAGUAGGGAGGGUAGGAAAGAUGUCUUACAUGGUUCAUGAAUGUAGGGACACUAAAGAUUAAUGGGAAGGAUGCGCGAAUCCUUAUCGAUACCCGGGGCGCAACGUUCAUUUGUGAAUGAAGCGUUCGCCAAGAGAUUGGGAGUUGAAUCCGCACCAUUGAUGCAAACCUUAGUGGUGUCAACACCACUAGGGGACGACGUGGAAAGAACUUGUUACUAUCCAUCUUGUGGGGUGGAGGUUAAUGGUCAAGCCUUGACGUGUGACUUCGUACCGCUGAGCAUGAUUGAAUUCGAUGCAAUCCUAGGGAUGGAUUGGCUAGAAAGGAACCAUGCUAGGGUAGAUUGCUACACGAAGGUUCUUGAACUCGAAGGCAAUGAUGGGGAGACCCUACGCUUCGAGGGCGAUCGAGGGAGAUCAAAUAGCUGUAUCAUAUCCGCCGUGAGAGCGAGAAGUAUGAUGAGAAAGGGAUGCCACGCAUAUCUAGCAUACGUCGUUGACAAAACCAAAGAAGAAACGAACAUCGACGAUGUGAGGGUGGUUUGUAAGUAUCCGGAUGUCUUUCCAAAAGAUUUACCGGGACUUCCACCCGAUAGAGAGAUUGAAUUUGUGAUCGAGGUCGAGCCCGGUACCAAACCAAUCUCCAUACCGCCAUACCGUAUGGCACCCGCUGAACUUAACGAGUUGAAGACCCAAUUGCAAGAGCUUUUGGAUAAUGGUUUCAUUAGACCAAGCCACUCCCCGUGGGGAGCACCAGUUCUUUUUGUGAAGAAGAAAGAUGGGACACUUCGAAUGUGCAUUGACUAUCGUCAACUGAACAAGGUCACAAUCAAGAAUAGGUAUCCCUUGCCUAGGAUUGAUGACUUGUUUGAUCAGCUACGAGGAGCAACCGUGUUUUCAAAGAUUGACUUGAGGUCGGGGUACCAUCAAUUGAAGAUUAAGGAAGACGACAUACCAAAGAGUGCUUUCCGCACAAGGUAUGGGCAUUUUGAGUUCCUUGUUAUGUCGUUUGGGUUAACAAACGCCCCAGCGGCAUUCAUGGACUUGAUGAACCGAGUAUUCCAUAAAUACUUGGAUCGGUUCGUGAUUGUGUUCAUAGAUGAUAUCUUGAUUUACUCGGAGAGUGAAGAAGAGCACGAGGAGCAUUUGAUACUUGUUCUUGAGACACUACGGGAGAAGCAACUUUAUGCCAAACUUUCUAAAUGUGAAUUUUGGCUAAAGGAAAUUGGCUUUCUCGGGCAUGUGGUUUCAGGAUCGGGAAUUGCUGUUGAUAACAAGAAGAUAGAAGCCAUUACCGAAUGGGAGAGACCAAAGAAUGUCAAGGAAAUUCGUAGCUUUCUUGGAUUGGCGGGCUAUUACAGAAAGUUCGUGGAAAAGUUCUCUGUUUUGGCGUCGCCGUUGACGAAGCUCACUCGAAAGGGAGCUAAGUUUAUAUGGGAUGACAAAUGUGAGAAAGGAUUCAUCGAACUGAAGAAGAGAUUGACCGAGGCACCGGUACUUGCAUUACCCAAACAGGGUGUGGGGUACGAUGUCUAUAGUGACGUGAGCAUCCAAGGGUUUGGAUGCGUGUUGAUGCAGAAUGGGAGGGUAAUCGCCUAUGCUUCACGACAGUUGAAGAAGCACGAGGUGAAUUAUCCUACUCAUGACUUGGAGCUGGGGGCCGUGGUGUUUGCACUGAAGAUAUGGAGACAUUAUCUCUACGGGGAGACAUGUCACAUAUACACUGAUCACAAGAGCUUGAAAUACGUGUUUACUCAGAAGGAGCUAAACAUGAGACAGAGACGGUGGAUGGAGUUGAUAAAAGACUACCAUCUAGUGAUAGAGUAUCACCCAGGCAAGGCAAACGUGGUGGCAGAUGCCUUGAGCCGGAAGAGCUCGUCUGGGGCAUUGCUAGCUAAUUUGAGGGCAUUAAGAGCCCAAUUGGAGGUAUCUAGCGAUGGUGCCUUACUGGCACGAUUUGAGGUGAGACCUACCUUACUUGAUGAGAUCAAGAAGGGUCAGGAAGCUGACGAAGAAAUUAUGAAGAUCCGGGAACGCAUGCAAGCGGGACCGGUGGAGGAUUUCAGGGAAAGAGAUGAUGGUCUCUUGUUAUUUCGUGACCGAGUGUGUGUACCGUCAGAUGAUGAGCUCCGAAAGUCCAUCUUAGAGGAGGCUCAUUCAUCGGCUUAUGCCAUGCACCCGGGGGGCACGAAAAUUUACCGUGAUUUGAAAGAAAGUUACUGGUGGUCUGGAAUGAAGAGGGAGAUAGCCGAGUACAUCAGUCGAUGCCUUACUUGUCAACAAGUUAAGGCAGAACAUCAGCAUCCAGCAGGCUUGUUACAACCACUUUCCAUUCCUGAGUGGAAGUGGGAACAUGUGACUAUGGAUUUCGUGGUAGGUUUACCACGGACGAUUCGGAACUAUGAUGCGGUUUGGGUUGUUGUGGAUAGGCUCACGAAGAGUGCGCACUUCUUACCUAUCAACACUACUUACCCACUUGAGAGGUUGGCCAAAUUGUACACGGAUGAGAUCGUGAGGCUACAUGGGGUCCCAGUCACCAUUGUAUCUGAUAGAGACCCACGAUUCACGUCACGUUUUUGGCCGAAAUUUCAGGAGUCUAUGGGAACGAGGCUGAAGUUCAGUACUGCUUUCCACCCACAGACGGAUGGGCAGUCUGAAAGAGUCAUACAGAUCUUAGAAGACAUGCUGAGGGCUUGUGCAUUGGAGUUUCAAGGAAGUUGGGACAACCACUUAGCACUCGUGGAGUUUGCCUAUAACAACAGUUAUCAGGCAAGCAUCGGCAUGCCUCCAUACGAGGCAUUGUAUGGGAGGAGGUGUCGUACGCCGUUAUGCUGGGAUGAGGUUGGCAUGGCCAAACUCGAGGGUACUGAUUUGGUUGAGGUCACCAAGUCAAAGGUGAAGUUGAUUCGAGAGAGACUCAAGGCAGCUCAGGAUAGACAAAAGAGUUAUGCAGAUAAGCGUCGAAGGACCUUAGAGUUUAAGGUUGACGACGAGGUAUUCCUGAAAGUUUCUCCUUGGAAAGGAAUCAUUCGAUUCCAAACCCGAGGAAAGCUUAACCCACGAUAUAUAGGCCCAUUCAGAAUUAUAGAGAAGGUUGGGGCCGUAGCAUAUCGUCUACAGUUGACUCCUGAGUUGGAGAAGAUUCAUAAUGUAUUUCACGUGUCCAUGCUUAAGAAGUAUGUGCGUGAUCCUUCUCAUGUGUUGGAGAAGCCGCCCGUGGAGGUACGUGAAGACUUGAACUAUGCCGUGCAACCGGUAAGAGUUAUUGACAGAAAAGUGAAGAAACUGAGGAGUAAAGAAGUUCCAAUGGUUAAAGUCCUUUGGAAAAGUGACCGGGUCGAGGAAGAGACUUGGGAAACAGAAGCUUUGAUGAGGAAGCAGUAUUCUUUCCUAUUCGAGUAGAGCUGUGAAUUUCGGGGACGAAAUUCCUGUUAAGGGGGGGUGAACUUGUGACACCGCUCCCGAACGUCCUUGAAAAUUUGAUUUAGAAUUCAAAGUUUAUGUAUUGGAUUUCUGAUUCCCAAACGUAUGUAAAACGAUUGAUGUCUUACGUAAUUCAUGAUCGAUUAUUAUACCGCUCGAACUCGUACAUUAGUGUUGGGCUUGCGAAUACUCGUUUGGGCCUUAUUAAUAAAUAAAAGAUCCUAGCAUUAUCUAAAUAGUUAUACAUAACGUUUCAAGACAAGUUGAGGAAGGGCGGGCAGCCCAUAUAUUAUUUUGGGCUCAACCCGCUAAAAUAGCAAAUAUUUGAGGACGGCGUCGUAGGCCCACUCGGGGGCGACCCACACGGCUUGUAGCCCAAUAAUAUGAAUGACAAAUGUCAAAAUAAGUGAUAGGAUGAUUAAAGAAGAGUACAAAUGCCUAUAACCCCAUCUUUGGCAUUAUUGAGCCAAAUAAUGGGAGUAGGAUUUUCCUUCUAUAUUAUCCAUCAAGUAAAUUAUUGAGAUGAGCCUACACAUAUUGGAGAUCAAUAAUGUUAUAUAGGAAGUUGACUUGUUCUAAAUAAAUUAGGAUGAGUACAAAAAGACAUCUUUGACAAAAGAUAAAACAAUAGGACCCAUUCUUCCAUUUUUGGAUGUAUUGAUUAAUGUUUUGCUCCCAAAAAAAUAAUUGGGGAACACAUGCUGCGCCCCAUCCCUUCUUUUCCACCUGCAAUACAAGAUAAAUAAGGUUAGGAGACUGCCAUAGCUGACUCUAGGGGCUGGACUUGACAAAGGAAACAAGAGGGAACCCCACCUAGUCAAUUUUCGCACAAAAGAGUGGUGCUGGUUGUCUCCCUUCAUGAGUGAUGUUAUACUCGGCCAAAUAAGGUGAAUGAGGUGUCCUUGGAUAGCUUUUGAAGUCUGUGUUUAUAAUUGUGUGGUCUCUGUUCGAUAGGAGAGAGUAAUCAUCCAAAAAUCGAUCUGGAACGAGCAGUGGUCUGUGAACCCGAGCUGUGAGAGUGCUGAGACUGUUUGGUUGAUAUCUCGAGUUCUACCAAUCCAAUUAAGGCGUGUGAGAUACCAAAAGAAAGAUCUCAAGACGAGGAAUCCGUGAAGGUCUGGUUUGCAUCAAUCGGAGUAGAGGAAGGCUUCCAAAUCGCCCGAGCAGAACGCGACCUCGCAGGAACGGAUUUACUCUUCUAAGAAUCGAGUUAGCCGGAAAACACCCGUUCUAGGGGCUGUUUUAGUAUCAACGGUUAGGGGUUGAAUUAGCAACUUGAGGAAGCUGUUUAACACCCAUUUUCAAGCAAGGAACCAGUUCUCAAUCUUCCUUGGCCGAGGCUUUGGUCAUUGGAUCGAGAAGGAAAGUUUUAAAGCUCAUUUGAGGUUGAGGCUAGAGCUUGCUUCCUGUGCUCGUUGCUCGAGAGAUUCAUCUAGGAGGGAAGACUUGACGCCUUGUAUGAUAUGAAUGUGUUGGACUGCGGUUGACUAUUCGUAUUGUACGGCGGGUUGUUGACGUGUCCGGAUAGGUCCGGGGCGUGACAUAUGAUCUCCCCGAAUUUCGGAUCUAUGUCCUUUGAUUUUGCGAGGUCAUCCGGAGGAGGUAGUGGUCCACCGAGCCAUGGACCCCGAGGAGGACCCCGAGGAGCACCCCGAGGAGGAACCCGACCUGACCCCGAAGACCCCCCCGUGAACCCAGAUGAGUUUCUUGUUGAUGAUGAUGAUGAAGAAGAAGAAGAAGAAAAUCAUAAUUUUUUCCAUAAUGGAGUCCCACGAAGGGACAUGUAAUCAUCAUACAUUUAUACUUUGUUCUAUGUCAAAACAUUUAAAAGUUUGUCACAAUAUUUAUUAAGUUUGUUGUAUGU